UCUACAUCGUAGUAACUGAUCAAAUCGGUGGAUGUCAUCGCAGUCCCGUUCAGACCCUUGCACGACAACCUCGGCUUAUUUUCUUGGCUAACACCAUCGGUUACAUUUAGCGUGUGCUUAGUACUUCGAAAGACAACAACGAUAGAAAUGGAAGGUGCCGGGCAGGGUUCUGCGCCAACUCGCCAGCCCAACAGGGUUCAGGUUAGCACCAACAAGAAGCCACUUCAGUUCUACCUGAACCUCAGCCGGAGAAUAAUGGCCGAGCACGGGGAGGUCGAACUAUCCGCUCUUGGGUUGGCGGUUUCCAACAUGGUAACCGUCGUCGAGAUCCUUAAGAAGGAGGGCUGGGCUGUUGAGAAGAGCUUGCGCACAAGCCUGGAGACGCUCGAGGGCGAGGGCGACCAGCGCAGCAUGAGCAAGCCCAAGAUGGAGGUCGUGCUCUCCAAGUCCGCAGAUUUCGACCGCCUCUUUGCUGAGCACCCGCCACCUCCCCGGGGACAGAGGCCCGCGGCUGAGGCCGUGGCCGCGUAAUCGGUGCCCUGACUGCUCAGACCAGGCCAUGCAUGAAUGCAGUAUACCCGCUUGUACGGCAGAAUGCCGUACCGGUAUAGUCCAUAUCCAUUCCGUACGGCUUUGCUAAGCUGCUCGCGCCAAUGCGUGGCAGUUCGGUUUGCAGUUAGGUUUGCAAGGGGACGAGGGCAGCGGGAUGAAAGCCUCUCCGUGGGACGCACACGAUGGCUUGUUAGGUUGGUUUGCGUGCUGGCCUUGUAUGCACCUCUCGCGCGGUGGAAGGUCUGUACGGCGAACGGGUGGUGUACGGCGCGCGGGGUUGGGCUUCGUGCCACGACAUCGUCGUAAGAGAUUGAGGCAUACUUUCAGGGCUCCUGUGCGUGCUUGAUGCUUGCUUGUUCCGGUAGCAACGGUGGGGCGGGAUUGCCGAGAGGGCUGCUGCCGCAAUAGCAGUAAGUUGCACAUGCUUGCAAGCAUUCUUGCGGGAAUCGUACAAGUACGGCAUGUAUGUGGCAGACGUAAAAAGCAAAAGGAUUUCAUUUGUUAGGAAAACUGGCUGCGAGGAGGAAC